AUGUCCUCAAAAACAUUUUCGCGCAAACAAGAAUGCCUUGCCGAGUUACUGUCUGUUUUCGGCAACGAAGCGCCACAUCAGUCGACAAUUUCCCGUUGGUAUGGAGAAUUCAAACGUGGACGGGUGAGUCUUAGCGACGAUCCCAGGCUGGGUGCACCAAAAACGGCAACCUCAAUUCAAAAAAAUUUACAUGAAGAAUUAGGAGUAAGAAAAUUAGUUUCUCGGUUAAUUGGUGUCAAAAAAACGCUUGACCGUUUCAAUUUCGGAAACUCAAAAAAUGUGUACAGCAUUGUUAGUGGUGAUGAAUCGUGGAUUUACUGUUAUGAACCAGAAAAUAAACGACAGUCGGCUGUUUGGGUGUUCCAAGGUGAAAAAAAGCCAACAAAAGUAAUUCGUUCUCGAAGUGUUUCGAAAAAGAUGGUCGCGGCAUUUGUGUCAAAAGCGGGUCAUAUUGUAACAAUUCCUCUUAAUGAGCAAAGUACUGUUACUGCGGAUUGGUUUACCACCAUUUUUUUGCCAAAAGUCAUCAUCAAGCUUCGGAAAAUCAACCACGAAAGAAGAAUCAUCCUCCACCAAGACAAUGCAAGCUCGCACACAGCCCAAAAAACAAGGCAGUAUUUAACGGAAGAAAACGUGAAAUUAUUGGACCAUCCUCCAUAUAGUCCCGAUCUAAGUUCUAACGGUUUCUUUACUUUCCCGAAAAUUAAAAACAGACUGCGUGGUCAAAGGUUCCAGUCACCAGAAGAAGCAGUUGACGCAUUCAAAAAUGCCACAAAUCAAUAA